CGUUCAUUCGCCAAACCCUAAUCCCUUUUCACUCUUCAUCACUCUCUCUGCAUCCAUGGCAAACCCUAAGGUUUUCUUCGACAUGACCAUCGGUGGCCAACCAGCCGGCCGCAUCGUCAUGGAGCUUUUCGCUGAUGUGACCCCCCGCACCGCCGAGAAUUUCCGCGCUCUCUGCACCGGCGAGAAGGGAGUCGGCCGCAGCGGCAAGCCACUCCACUACAAGGGAUCUUCCUUCCACCGUGUGAUCCCUAACUUCAUGUGCCAGGGAGGUGAUUUCACCGCCGGGAACGGCACCGGAGGCGAGUCGAUCUACGGCGCGAAGUUCGCUGACGAGAAUUUCGUCAAGAAGCACACCGGCCCCGGCAUUCUCUCCAUGGCGAACGCUGGUCCCGGAACCAACGGAUCUCAGUUCUUCAUCUGCACUGCCAAGACCGAGUGGCUCGAUGGGAAGCACGUGGUGUUCGGACAGGUUGUUGAGGGGCUGGAUGUGGUGAAGAAUAUCGAGAAGGUUGGAUCUAGCUCCGGCAAGUGCUCCAGGCCGGUGGUGGUUGCCGACUGCGGUCAACUCUAGACGAUGUUGACUCUGUUCCUAUGGUGGUGGCUCUGAUCUAGACUAUUUUGUGUUUUGAAUUUCGGUGUCGUUUUAUGUUUUAUCGUUGUGCGUUUUAGGGUUUUUUGUGAUGCUGCUCGCUCUUGAUCGAUCGUAUCCAACCCUUUGGUAUUUUGUACUUUGUCGUUCGUAGGGUAUGAGUCAUGUGAUGAGAUAAACUUUAAAAUGAUGAGCUACCUUUUAAUAAAUUAGGAUUAUUAUUCACCUUAUUA